CUAAGUUCCAUCUAUAAAGUGCAACGGUUAUUUUAUUUUUAAAUUCUCAAAAGAUUGUGUAAAGUCCCUUUGAGGGGUGUUAAACUAACCAUCUUGUCUCGAUUUUUUGAAAAAUUCACAUUAGAAGGCAAAGAUGAUGCAGAGAGCAGCAACUUCGAUUUUGCCAACAGCUGGUAACAUGUUGGCUAGCGCCCAACAACAGCGUGGAAUGGCAACAUUGAAAACAAUUUCAAUGCGUCUAAAGUCUGUAAAGAACAUCCAGAAAAUCACUCAAUCCAUGAAAAUGGUGUCAGCUGCUAAAUAUGCUCGUGCUGAACGUGAAUUGAAACAGGCAAGACCAUACGGUGAAGGUAGCAAACAAUUUUACGAAAAGGCUGAAGUUGUUGCUCCUGAAAAGACCGAGGAAACUAAGAAAUUGUACAUUGCAAUGAGCUCCGACAGAGGUCUUUGUGGAGCCAUUCACAGCGGUAUUUGUCGUCAUAUUCGUGCUGAUUUAGCUGCUGAUUCAAGCAUUAAAGUUAUCUGUGUUGGUGACAAAAGUCGUGCUAUUCUUCAACGUUUAUACGCCAAAAAUAUCUUGAUGGUUGCUAGUGAAGUCGGAAGAUUAGCACCACAAUUCUUAGAUGCAUCAAAAUUGGCAAAUGAAGUGAUGAAUCUUGAAUACGAAUUCACUGAUGGAAAGAUCAUGUACAAUCGUUUCAAGUCCGUCGUCUCAUAUUCAAUUUCUGACUUGCCAGUCUUUAGCUUAAAAUCAGUUGAAUCAGCACCAAAACUCGCAGUUUACGAUUCAUUAGAUUCCGAUGUUAUCCAGAAUUAUUUGGAAUUCUCAUUGGCAUCAAUGUUAUUCUUCGCAAUGAAGGAAGGUGCAUGUGCUGAACAAUCUUCAAGAAUGACAGCUAUGGACAAUGCAUCAAAAAAUGCCGGUGAAAUGAUUGAUAAACUUACAUUAACAUUCAACAGAACACGUCAAGCUGUCAUUACCAGAGAAUUGAUUGAAAUUAUUUCUGGUGCCGCUGCUUUGAGUUAAAUUCAGCAAACCUUUUAUUUCGAUAUGUAGAAAAACUAUUCUUCGAUCAUGGUUAAAUAACACAUAAUAAUAAUAAUAAUCUUUUUCCUUAAAAUCAAGCGAUAAUAAAUGCACCACCCAAUAAUAGUUGAUGAGGAAAAAAUGUCGCUGGUGAAAUUUCUCUGAAUUCCUCUAAACUUAUCUUCAAUCCUUAAAUUUUUCCUUUGAUAUUCCUCCCACAAACAAGAAAAUCUGUUACAUUGCCAUCAAUAAUUAAUUUGUAUCAAAUGAAAAAUGUAAGGAUUUAUGGAUAUAUGAUCAAUAAAAAAUUAUGCGAUGGAUAUAAAACGACUCGAUUAAUCCACUUAG